AUGAGAGUAAGUGAUAGUAUACAGCUUAAUUUACCAUCAAAAAUUAAAUAAUUAAUAAUUAUUUCAGUAUACUCAAUAUAUAAAGUCAAUUUAUAAAUUCAAAGAAAAAACAAAAGGCAAACAAGUCAAUCAAACAGCCUGCCAACACCAACUAAUCCUAUUCAAAAUUUUAAUUUUAAAUUAAACAAAAGGAUUAAUUUAGGAAGUAAAUCAAUGCUUAGUCAUUAGCGUUCAGCUUAAUAGAAGGUCUUUAAUCCUGAUAAAUGGAGAGAAAUAGAGUGCGAAUAGAGAAAAUUAAGGAUUAAAUUGAUUUAUGGUGUUCCACAAGAAUAAUCAAAUAGAUUUGCCAAUUUUUUAGAUUAUAAACAAUCAAGUUCUUACAUGAAAAGCAGCAGUUUGAAUCCAUAAAUUUCCAGAUAGAAACUUGCAGUAGACCAAAGCAUUAUUUAGGGUGAUGAUUAAAGAAUAAUUCCUAAUUCUGUUAUAAAAGAGCUAAGAAAAAACAAUUAAAUUUAUACUAACAAUAAUACAACUAUUACAGAAAAUGCUGUAGAUAAUAGCUAAAUAAGGUAAUAAAAUUAGUCUUAGUCCAUUAAAUAAGAUACUCUGCUUCCAUUCUAUUAAAAUAAAGAGCACAACAAUAACAGUUUUCUCGAAAAAGAUAACAAAUAUAAGCAAACUAUUGAUUUAAAUUAAUUCAACUAACUUGGGAAUUCUACACCUUUAAUAAACAGAGUCGAUACUAAUUCGAAUAAUAAUAGAUCUGAAUAAUAAAAUUUGUUAAUGCAGUAUCUUACAAAUACUAAAAUAUUGCAAAAGCAAGAAUAUAUUUUGACAACUAGUUAAAGCAUUACACCUAAAAAAGGGAGGGAAGACACUAUUAAUUCAAGAAAAAGAAAGAAAAAAAGAUCUAAGUCCAAAAAAAACCUAAAAAGGUUUUACUCUCCUAACUAAUAAUUAUAAGCAAAUCAAAAUGAUGAAGACAAAGGAGUUAGUUAGAGUGUAAUUUCGAACUAUUAAGAUAAUAAUAAUAGAGAUAGCAGUCCAAUUUAUUAGUAUUAAAAUGGAGCAGAAUUUAAUGGUAGAUAAAAAUAAAAUGCUAAUAAUGAAAAUAAAUUAGAAAAUUUGAAAAAUUUUGAUAUUAAUCUUUCAAAUAAUAAUGGUUCAAGCGAAUUUUAAGAACAAUAAGAUUAGAGUAAUCUUUAAAAAAGCAAUGAUUCAAAUUCUUAGCAAUAAUAAUAAUAAUUAUUAUUAGAUUAAUAAAGAGAGCAAUCUAAAAAUAAAUAGAUAUCACCAACAUAGAUUAGAAAAAAUUAUAUUCUUCCUAGCUUGAAUUAAAAUACUGCUAGUAAUAAUUUAGAAAAUCUGACUUAAUGUAAGAAACAUGAUAAAAAUAUAACUCCUCAUCGUAAGUAAUAUUAUAUAGGGAAUUAGAAUGAUUAUACUACGGUUAAUAAGCUAAGUUCCAAGAGAGAUUCAGGUAAAAAUUUAAAUCAAUCAUUAAUUAUUUAAAGAUCUAAGAGUCCUGAUUUAUCGAAUUAUGCAUAUAAAAACUAUAAUGAUAAAAAAUUGCAUCAAUCUUCUCUACAAUAGAGCUUCGAUAAAAGCUUAAUGUUCAAUAGAAAUGAAAUAUAAAGAGCGAAAUCUACAAAUAAUAAUUAAAAGUUGGCGAAUAACGAGCUAAACAAAAUUAACGAUAAUAAAGUAAAUGAAAUUUUUCAAUAAAAAUAUUCACAUGAACUUCCUAGUAAUCUUUUGUGUCCUAUUAGAAAAAGUUAGAAUUAUAAAAAAUAAAAUUAAGAAGAAUUGUAAUAAGUCAAUGAAAUAGAUGUGUAAGCAAGAGAAUAUUCAAGUAAUUUGCUGAAAGACUAUGCUGAAUAUCAGAGAUAAAUAGAAUAAUCAAUAAAAAAGUAAAUUAUUUAAAGAUAUAAAACUGCUUCUAAAAAUCAAAUUCCAUCUCGCUCACGCUCUCCUAAUUUACCAUAUGUGAAUCUAAAUAAAUAGCAAUUGAGCAACUCUUUGAUUAUAAAUGAUAAAUACCAAUAUAUAGUUGAGAAGGAACCAAAAUUUCAAAUAAAGGUCCUGCCAAGAUAAUAAAUAACACUAGAUAGUAAAUGCACUUGCCAUUUAGUUAAUGAUCCUUUAAAAGAAAUUGUUUAUCUAUCUCCAAACAAAAUUGCUCAUAAAGAAAUAUCUAGUCCAACAACAAAGGUUUACAGCCAACUUUAAUACUCUUAAAGCUAUGCUGAUUAUUAAAAGAGAUCGAACUAAAAUAGUUUUAAUUUGGCAAAUACUUCAAACACUUUUAAUGAAUAGCAGUAAUUUAUUUCAAAUAAAGAUCAUUAAUAAUAUUUAACAGAUCAAAUAAAAAGUUAAUUGUAAUCUUCAGAUAACUUAAACAGCAACGAAGAGGCUUCUUGUAUGGUCGAAAAGGAUUCUCCAAUUAUGAAUAAAUAAAAAAACUAAAAGUCAAAAUAAGAAUCUCCAUUAGUUUCAGAUAGAUCAUAAAACAAAACUAAUUUAAAUAAUUAAGACAAAAACUCUAGAUUGAACAGCCAAAAAUCUUUUGUUUCUGAUAAAAAUAAAGUUUUGCUCUCUUAAAGAAAAAGUUCCUAACCUUAAAUCACUGAUAAAAGUUAAUAAUAAAGUUAAGUAAAACCUUUGAAAAAAAUUAAAACUUAAGAGAUAAGCGAAGGAGAAAAUUAAUCAAAGCUUAGCAGUAAUAGAUCAUCUUUAUCUAAUUAAAAAAAAUAGUAAAAUGAAAUAAAGAGCACUCAAUAAAACCCCACCUAAGAUAAAAUAAAUGACCAAUAGAAAAGUGAACCUUAUUCUAUUGUAAAAUAAAAUUCAAUAAAGGACAAUAAAGAUUAGAAACCUCCUUUGAGAAGGCAGUCAUCAUAGAAGUAAAAAUCAUCUUAAGAAGAGUAGAAUAAGACCGAUACCUAAAAUGAAUUAAAAUAAAAUAAUAAAGAAUAAAGUAAAGAUUUAUCUAAUAAAAAUAAUGGAGAUUAAUCAAAAAUUUCAAGGAAAUAAUCAAUUUAAGUUUAAAAUGAAAGCAAUUAAUAAGGAGUUUAAUAAACAAACAAUGAAGAGAUUACAGUUAAAUAGGAAGAAAAAAACAUAGAAAAUAGAUCUAAUUCGAAUUCUGCAAAUUUCAACAAAGAGUAAUAAAAUGAUGAUUAAAAAUAAAAAAUUAUUGAAAAAUCAAAUCAAAAUGAAGAAAAAAUCUAAUAAAAUAGCCAAAAUUAGGCUAAUGAAAGCUAAGAGAAAAAAGAUGAAUAAAGUAAAGAUAUGAAAGAAGUUUAAAAUUAAGUAAAAGAUAUUAAAUAAGAGAAUUAAAAGAAUGAAGAUAAUAAGAAUAACAAGGAUUAACCUUAAAAAAGAAAAGACUCAGUAAAAGAUAAUAAGCAGGUGAACGAUUUAUAUUAGUAUUAGUUGAAUAUCAACUUUAACUAACAAGAGGUUGAGGAAAUUUAUUAAAAAUUAGUACAAUUUACAGUUAAAAAGAGAAGAGAGUGCUGUUUGGAACCUUUCUUUUAAAAAGCUGAGCAUGUUAUUUGGAUUGAUAAUUUCUAAAUUAAAAUAGAUUGCAGUUUUUAAAAUUAAAUGCUAUUUAAGAUGCGGAUUGGAAAUUAAGACGAAGCUAAAAUUUAUUUAAAAUACGAAGACACAAAUAUCACUAAUCAGUGGAUUUUUACUAAACUGAAAGAUAGUCUAAAAUGUCUACCUUUAAAAGAGAGUGAAGGAUAUCUGCUGUCUGGAAAAAAUAGCUUAACUAGCUUGAAAUGUUUUUUCUCUAUUGUUUAUUUGCAGACUUUAAAAUUUGAAGUGAAAGACCUUGAUUAUCAAUAUGUUAAUUAUAGUGAAGAGUUAAUGAAAAUUAUCAAAUCACUGUGUAUUAAUACUCACUUUUCAAAUACGUUAUCCAAAAGUGAGAAAAACCCUUGUGUGUAAAUAAAUAAUUUUCCUGUUUUUUUCCCAAGCUACAAUACUAUUGCUUAUGAAAAUGAAAUAUACAUCGAUUUAGAAGAAAUUAAUUUACUAUUCAAAAGGCAGGGUAGAUAAUAUAGCGAAAGAUAAAUAUUGAGUUUGAUAUAAGAUAUGCUUGAAAAUAUUUCUAAACUCCACUCUAAGAAUAUUACAAUAAAUAAUAUUAAUAUUAACAAUAUUGUAUAUUCAAAGGAAAGUAAUUCUUUCAAACUGUUAAGCUAUGCUCACAGCUAGCUUAACGAAGAUAACCUGACACCUAGAGAUCCUUUAGAAGUUGAACAAAAAUACUAAUAAAAUCCUAUUUACUUCAGCUUGUAAAAGUUCAACUAAUACAAAAGAGAUAUUUAUGCUUUAGGAAUAUGUUCUAUUAUAGCUAAAUUCCAACUUACAGAUUUCAGCAUAAACAAAAAUACUAUCAAUGAAAAAAUUGAAUUUAUGAAAUAAAACUAGGAUAAAUCUCUUUUGUACAAAAUAAUCAUUGAGUUAAUUGAAUAAUAGCAAGUUCUCAGAUUUUAGGAAAUUGCUUAAACUUAUCUAAACUAAUUUUUUUAACCAAACGAUUAAAUAAAAUAAGAUAUCUAGGUUCAAUAGCAGAAAUAGUAAACGUCUGAGAAUAGCUAGCUUUAAGAAAUUAAUAAGAGUUUGCCAAUUGAUCAUAAACAUAGAUAGAAUAUUUUUGAAGAAUAGAAUUUAUUUGAAGGAUUAGAAUAAAAACAGCAAACAACUUCUUCAAAUCAAUAAAUUCAAGAACUCCAAGUUCUUAAAAAAUGCUAUGAGCACUGCUGCAAAAUAAAUUAGUUUUUUAAUUCUUACUAAAGCAUUUUAGACACAUAAAGACAAACUUAUGGACUCAGCUCAGCUAUUUAUUUAGAAAAUCUAGUAGAGUUUUAUUUUGAAGCUUUACAUCAUAAUCAAAAGGAUAGAGUAGCUUCUGUAAUAGAUUUUAUUGAAAAAGAAAAUUUAUUUGUUUUUAUUUCUUAAAUCCCUAAAAAUUAACAACCACUAAGAUUUAUGAUUGUCACUGCAUUUAAAUUUCUCAUAGAAAAUAAUAUCGAUAAAGCUAUGAAAUAUUUUGACAGGUCUUUGACUCUACCUAACUUGACAGUAUAAGACUUAUUUUAGCUAAAUUUAAACCUAGGUAUCUUAGCUAAUUUAAAGUAAAAAAAGUAAAGAGCUUUAAUAUAUCUUUAACAAGCAUAGUAUGUCUCGAAAUCAAUUAGCAAAUCUUCUAUUAAUCUUGCAGCUCCUUAUCUUUUAUCAGGAAUAUUGAAUGAAGACGAAAAAGAUCUUGAAAUUGCUUUGAAAAUAAAGUCAGAAAAUGGAGAAGAUUAAAGCAAGAUAUUGAAUUUGAUUUUCAAAAUAGGUUCUUUAUAUUUAAAGAAAAAAAACUUUUCAAAAGGAGAAGAAACGUUUAGAACAAUAUUGUAAACUAGAGGCGAUGUGGAGCAAGAAAGCUAAAGAAUUAAAAAGUAAUACUUCUAAGCAAAGCUAAAUUUAUCAUUUUGUAUACUAGGAAAUCAGCCUAACCAUCCUAUAUUAAAUGUUCUGAUAAAUGAUUAUCUGAUUGAGCUGAGGUAAAUAUAUGGCUAAUAGUCAAAGGAAACUCUUUAUGCUCUGUAUGAAAUAUCAGAGGUUCUUGUUAAUUUAAAAGUAGAUAUAGAAGAAGUUCUUCCCAUUUACACUUAAUGCAAAUAAAUAGCUACAUUAAUAAAUGAUGAUAAACUAUUAUAAGAUUUGGAAGCAAAAAUAGAAAGUAUUCAAACAAAAAAAAAACAAGAUAAAAGCUGA